AUGUUUGGUUUUGCGGAUUCCGACCUGCUCAACGACCUUUUAAUCAACCUCAAUACCGGAAACAAGCUAAACCUCGACAGUUUGUCUGAAUAUAGUGGAAAAUUCAAACAAAAAAGACUCACAGAGUAUGUCUUCCUGAUAACUAAGGAGCUCAGACUUGAUCCACUGGCUGGAUAUCACGCCAUUGAACUGCUUCAGCGGUUCAUGGUCAAACAGCUCGCAGACUUGCUCACCGCGUCCACUCCUCCAGGUGCUGCUGCCGAUCAUCCGAAAAGUCAAGAAGACGCAAUUUAUGACAAUCUCAAGGAAAGACUUCCCCUCAUCGUCUUCUCCUGCGUGCAGCUCGCAAGCAAGAUGUCGAUCCACAGUCGCAUGAUUGACAGCGACACUGCUGUGCGCUUCCUGCGCUCAGUUGGCCACAGCGUCUCCAAGCAGGCGCUCCUGGAGUCAGAGCUGAUGGUCUUGAAAGGGCUGGAAUUCAGGCUGAACGUCCCAAAUCCACUGACAUACACAGAAAUACUCCUGGAAGUGCUCGGACACAAUGAGCCGUCCGUCCCCGUGGAGCGCCUGCACCACCUGUGCCACCACGUCCUCCAGUUCGUCACGUUGGAGAGGACGGCCGUCUACGACAGCUUGCUGAAGGCCACCGUUCAGUGUGUCAGCCCGUCCAGGGAGCAGAGAGAGAAGUUCAUGACAGUGACAGAGGACUGCAUGCUGCUGGGCGUCACCGUCAUCGCCGUGGCUGUGUUCAUCCUCCAUGUCAGAAGGUGGCAGCAGGUGGUCGGAGAGCUGAGCCACAUCACGGGAAUCUCCCAGAAGAGCAUCAGGGACUUUGCUCAUGUGACUCUGCAGCACAUUACUGGAUCCAGCAUCAGCGCCGUCAUGCUGCCGUCCAGAGGAGCCGCGUCCGAGACUAUCGACCAGGAGUCGAAAAGCCCCCGCCGACUCCGUCAGGUGGCUGCGGUGUCGUGUGAGGUGAGCCUCUCUGCUUCGGGGAAGGAGUGA